AUGUCCACCCUCGAAGAUCUAGACGACAUGGAGCGCGAUGGCAAGAAGGAAGAUGACCAAGGCGAGAAGGACAAGGACCAGGACGGCAAGAAGUCUGAACAGAACGACGAUGCGGAGAUGAAGGACGCUGAUGGCGAGAAGAAGGAGGAGGAGAAGCAAGAAGAGGAGAACCUCAUCGACAUGGAGAUCCUAAACUCAAGCACACGAGACAUCGUUGCGCGGCGGCGGCUCAUAGAGAACGACACGCGGAUCAUGAAGAGCGAAUUCAACCGCCUCAAUCACGAGAAGCAGACGAUGCACGACAAGAUCAAGGAUAAUGUAGACAAGAUUGACAACAACAGACAAUUACCCUACCUCGUCGGCAAUGUUGUGGAGAUCCUCGACCUCGAUGUCACCGCAGAGGCAGCCGAAGAAGGCGCCAAUAUCGACCUCGAUGCGACACGCGUCGGCAAAUCCGCUGUUAUUAAGACCAGCACCCGACAGACCAUCUUCCUCCCCCUCAUCGGCCUUGUCGACCACGAGAAGCUGAAGCCAGGCGAUCUGAUCGGUGUGAACAAGGACUCAUACCUGGUUCUCGACACACUUCCGGCCGAGUACGACAGCAGAGUGAAGGCUAUGGAGGUGGAUGAGAAGCCAACGGAGAAGUACACGGAUGUUGGUGGGCUGGACAAGCAAAUUGAAGAGCUGGUCGAGGCUGUGGUGUGGCCAAUGAAGGAGGCGGAGCGGUUUACCAAGAUCGGCAUCAAGGCGCCAAAGGGUGCUCUGAUGUACGGCCCCCCAGGCACAGGCAAGACGCUUCUCGCCCGUGCAUGCGCCGCGCAAACCGAAGCUACCUUCCUCAAGCUCGCCGGUCCCCAACUGGUGCAGAUGUUCAUCGGUGACGGUGCCAAGCUGGUACGAGACUGCUUCGCGCUGGCAAAGGAGAAGGCACCCGCGAUCAUCUUCAUCGACGAGCUGGAUGCUAUCGGGACGAAGCGUUUCGACAGUGACAAGAGUGGAGAUCGUGAAGUGCAAAGGACUAUGCUGGAACUUCUCAACCAAUUGGACGGUUUCGCAUCCGACGAGCGCAUCAAGGUUCUGGCCGCUACGAACCGUGUUGACGUUCUGGAUCCCGCUUUGCUCCGCUCUGGACGUCUGGACCGCAAGAUCGAGUUCCCUCUACCAAACGAGGAGUCUCGAGCGCAGAUCCUGCAGAUCCACAGCCGGAAAAUGACCGUGGACGAGGGCGUGAAUUGGGGUGAGCUGGCGAGGAGUACAGACGAGUUCGGUGGCGCGCAGUUGAAGGCUGUGUGUGUGGAGGCAGGCAUGAUUGCACUGAGGAGUGGACAUUCGAAGAUCAGCCACGAGCAUUAUGUGGAUGCUAUCGCGGAGGUGCAGGCGAAGAAGAAGGAUACGGUCAACUUCUACGCGUAA